CUCAGCUCAGAAUCUGCUGUUGGCUGAGUUCUCUGUGGAGUUUUGUUUCUCGCUGUUCUCCGACAAAGGGCUUGUUCUGUGAAGCACAUCUCUUUGUUCAGCCUCUGGCUUCAACCACUGAAUCACAAAUAUUCUCCAGCUGGGAAUCAGACAAGGGCAGAGAUGAAGAACCCAGAGGGCCAACAGGAUGUUUCAGUUUCCCAGGGAAUUCGCAUGAUGUUUUACGUGAUGAAGCCCAAUGAAACAUCAUUCCAAACCCUAGAAGAGGUGCCUGAUUAUGUAAAACAGGCAACUCCAUUUUUCAUUUCCUUGAUGCUGCUUGAACUAGUUGUCAGCUGGAUUCACAAAGGGAAGCCACCAGGUCGUUUGGAUGAUGCAUUAACAUCAAUAUCAGCUGGUGUUCUGUCUCAGCUUCCAAGAUUGUUUUUCAGGAGCAUUGAAAUUACCAGUUACAUUUAUGUCUGGGAGAACUACAGGCUCAUCAGCUUACCCUGGGAUUCUCCAUGGACUUGGUAUUUGACCUUCUUAGGAGUUGACUUUGGCUACUAUUGGUUCCAUCGCAUGGCCCAUGAGAUUAAUAUUAUGUGGGCUGGACACCAAACACACCACAGUUCUGAAGACUAUAACUUAUCCACAGCACUCAGACAAUCUGUCCUGCAAAUAUAUACUUCCUGGAUAUUCUAUUCUCCCCUGGCCCUCUUCAUACCACCUUCAGUAUAUGCUGUUCAUCUUCAGUUCAAUCUUCUCUACCAAUUUUGGAUCCACACAGAGGUCGUUGAUAACCUUGGUCCCUUGGAACUGAUUCUUAAUACACCCAGCCAUCAUAGAGUUCAUCAUGGCAGAAACCGUUAUUGCAUAGACAAAAAUUAUGGCGGCACCCUUAUUAUAUGGGAUAGAAUUUUUGGGACAUUUGAGGCAGAGAAUGAAAAAGUUAUAUAUGGUUUGACGCAUCCCAUUAAUACAUUUGAGCCAUUCAAGGUGCAGUUCCACCAUUUAGUGUACAUGUGGACUACAUUCUGGGCCACGCCUGGAUUCUUCAAUAAGUUUUCUGUUAUAUUUAAAGGACCAGGAUGGGGUCCAGGUAAACCAAGACUUGGAUUGAGUGAAGAAAUCCCAGAGGUGACGGGAAAAGAAGUUCCCUUCUCAUCACCAGCGUCUCAACUAUUAAGGAUAUACUCAGUUGUACAGUUUGCUCUGAUGCUAGCAUUUUAUGAAGAUACCUUUGCAGACAGAGCUGCACUGUCACAGGUCACACUCUUUCUGAGGGUUUGCUUCAUUAUCCUGACCUUGACCUCCAUUGGAUAUCUUCUGGAUCAAAGACCUAAGGCAGCUGUUCUGGAAACUUUCCGUUGCUUGGUGUUCCUCAUGCUGUGUAGGUUUGGUCAUCUGAAGCCGCUCACCCCUUCCUUGUCAUUUGCUUUUGAGAUGGGUUCGCAUGCACAGUAGCUAAUUCAUGCCAACUGUCUUCAAGUACGUUCUCUGUAUUGUAGAUUUUUUUUUCCAUCUGCAUUGCUUUCUGGGGAGUAAGAAGCAUGAAACAACUUGCCUCUGGCCUUUGGAAAUAAGUUUGUACACAAUUCUCUUGUUUUAGUCAGUUGUCUACAACCACAAUAUAUUACUACUGACUAUAAAAAAUAAUUAUCUUAUAUAGUAAUUAUAUAAACCAUGCAUUUAAUGAAAGGUAAAUAUGCUUAUUUACUCUUGAUCGCUUUCCACAUUUAUUAUUUUCUAUUAAAAUAAAAGUCAGUUGCAGUUACUUUCCUUUAUUGCUAGGGUUGAAAACAAAUUAUUUCAAAUAUAAUGAUAUUUUUAAUAUAUCCACUGGUAGCAUCUACGCCAAUGGAAAAAGGAAAGGAGAAAACUUAAAGACAGUAAAACGAAUGAAGAAUUCAUUUGCAUUGAAUUCCUUUUCUUUUUGCUAAAGUUGUGAUUGUGUUCUGUGCCAUUGAAUCUGCUCCGACUCCUUGUGACUCUGUGAAUGAGUGAUGUGCAUAAUGUCCCGUCCUCAACAGCCCUGCUCAGCUCGUGGAGACUCAAUUCUAGGGCUACUUUUAUGAAGUCAAUCCAUCUCAUAUUUGGACUUCCUCUUUUCCUGCUGCCUUCUGUUUUUCCCAGCAUUACUGUCUUUUCUAAAGAGCCCUGACUUCUCAUAAUGUGCCUGAAGUAGGACAACUUCAGUUUUGUCAAUUUUGCCUCCAGUGAUGUUUCUGGCUUAAUUUGCUUUGGGAACCACUUGUUCAUGUUUCUCUUGGUCCAAGGUAUCUAUCGAGCUCCCCUCUGACACCAUAUUUCAAAAGAACACUUUGCUUUUUUUUCUUAUCAGUCUCCUUCACUGUCUAACUUUCACAUCUCUACAUAGUAAUUGGGAAUAAGAGGGUGUGGAUGAUCUGAGCCUUGGUCUCUAAUGACACAUCUUUGCUCUCUUGAUUAUCUUUCCUAAUUCUUCCAUUGCUGCCCUGCUGAGUCUCAGCCUUCUCUUGAUUUCUUGGCUUCAGUUUCCAUUUAAAGUGAUAACUGAAUCAAAGUAAGUAAAAUCUUUAACAAUUUCAAUAUCUUCCUUGUCUAUGGUAAAGUUGUAUAUUUCUUCUCUAGUAAGGAUUUUUGUCUUCUCAAUGUUCAAAUGCAGUCCAGCUGUGGCACUUUCUUCUUUCACUUUCAUCAGAAGUCAUUUCAGAUCAUUAUUACUUUCUGCCAAUAAGAUGGUGUUAUCUGCAUAUCUUAAGUUAUUGUUAUUUCUUCCCUCAAUUUUUACUUCUCCUUCCUAUCUGAGUCCACCCCAGUUUUUCAUAUGAUACAUUCUGUGCACAGAUUAAACAAAAAGGGAGAUAAAAAUGUACCUUUUCUGACAUCUUUGCUAUAUGAAACCAUACUACUAAAAUUGUACUUACACACAUAUUUGUCAUCAAAAAAAUGUGUAACAUUAGUUGUCUACCUUAGAUUACAUUUACUUUAGAAAACCCCAUAAACUAAGGAAUAACAUUACAGAAAAAGACAUCACGGAAAUGAAAAUAAAUAGGAUUUGUCAGAAUUAGUUUAUUCAACAGAUUAAUUUGUGUUACAUAUUUCUAAUAUGUUUGGUCAAUUUGCAGAUUUGGGGGCAUGCAGUAAUUCAGUGUUAUUUUAAAGUAUCCCGAUAAUGUUAAUAAAACUCUCUACAUAAAAUUGCCCCAGUCAGUGCGUGUACAUUAUUCAUUGGGAUUGUAAAAAUCUGCCAAGUGUUUCAAAACAAGGGAACUGACAAAGAUAAGUAGGGUAAGGUUCAAAGGGGGAAAGAUUGAAAAUGGUUCAAUUUUCUUUCUUCCCUUCUUCCAAUAUUUCUUAGAUGGAAAGUUACAGUUUAAGUAAUCAGAGUUAUAAGCACUAAAUCAAUUAAUACUGUCCUUUAUUGAGCUUUGCCGAUAUUCAUUGACAGGUUAAAGACACCAAUCAGUUGUUGAACCUCAUUUAAAAAUGUAUGUUAUUUAAGCUUUGAACAGAGAAAAAUAUGGAAUAUUAAAAGAAUCACGUUUCAGGUGUCUAUGUGGAUUCAUGAGGCAGGCUUAAAGCACAUUUGUUUUUCAAACUGGAAAAGCAGAGGGAGAUUAAAUUUUACAUAACAGACAAAUUAACAAAUUAUCUCUCAGUCGUCAGAGGUAGGACUUGGCUUGGCUUCAUUCAUCUGUUUAUACUUCUUAAUUUAACACAGAGUAGAGCAAAUACUUAAACCCAUAACAAACAUUAAAUCCUACUUUUGUCCCUACCAACAGCUCUUGCUGGACUUUGCACAUAAUAGAAUCGUGUUAAAGCUGGGGGCCCUCUGCUGGCUUGACAUUGCUGUUUUUAGCCUAAAAUUUAUGAAUACCCAUAUUCUACAUCCUAAGGACUCUUCAGUCUAUAGGUUACACCCUUCAGCAAUGACAAAGAGAAGAAGGUUUAACAAAUCUCUAAUGUAGGUUUUUAGUAUGCCAGAAUAAUUUAAUGGUUUCCCCAUGAGUCAUGUAUAAAUAUUUAUGUAUGCUUGAGUAUAUGUGAAUUUAUAGGAGUGGCCUCAAAAUGAGGUUAAUAGUGGAAAUAAAGAAUCCAAAAAUGAUAAAAGAUGCUUUUAUGGUAAAGUUCAGUUUGAAGCAAACUCAAAUUUACCCACUCUCUUUUUUUCCUCUCAGAUAUCCUUGCUGAUUAUAAAUGAUUUUCUUUUAGAAAUGCAGACAUUUUCAAGCUACAGAUUUCCAGGCCUUUCAAAGUGGAGGUGAUUCCCAGAUAAGUAGUGUUCCCAGGUCCAGUGUGUGUUAACUGGGGCAUUUUGUUCUUCACCUUCAACCUUGCUAAUUUUCCAGUCCAGUUUUCUCUUGCCAAGGACUAAUACCUGAUGACAGAUCAUAUAACUAUUAUUAAUGUUGUAAAUUGAUCUUGAGUGAUGCCAUGUAAUUUAUGCAUACUCUUGACUGGAAGCACUUUAACUCUCAUUCUCUCAAGAGGAAAAGCACUAAAUAUAGGAAUCAUGAAUUACUCACCACUUCUAAUAAAGGGAUGCAAACUGACUUUGCAGAUAAUUGUAAAGAUUCUCAAGUUUACUAAUCUCCCAUAGGGAUAGAGAGAGGGAAGGUACCUUUGUUUAUUGAGCACUACUCAACUAGCAUUAUUUGAUUUAGUCUCUAAAAUCCUGGAAACUAAGUGCUGUUAAUACCAUUUUGCAGAAGAGAACUCCGAGGCUGAAGAGGUUAAGAAACUUGCUCAGGCAUGUAAUGCAUAAUUGGUGGCCAAAAGAAAAAUUUAAACCUGAAGUUCAACAUCAAACUCCCUGAUGUUUCUCCAUUCCAUGAUAUCAGAUAUCCAAGGCAAAUCUUUUAAAAUAUAUAGGCUCGAGAGUUUAAGUUCAGAGUAAUUCCUAUUCAAUUUGAUGCUCCAACAUACAAAAUAAAGCUCAGAGGAGGUACUUUAGUUAUAGGAUGGAUUCAUUCACUGGGUGAAUGGGUACAGAACUUCUAAUCUUUCUAAGCCUGAUAAGGUUUUAGGUUUAUUUAUAGAAUUGCCAUAUGUCUAAAAUAAAUCCAUUCCUAUAUUUGAUUUGAUUUGUUGGAAUUGCCUAUUUCUUUCACUCUUUUUCUUAUAUCACUUACUUUCCCUUUACCAUGUUCUUCCUAAUUAUUUUUGUUAAACUUAAUCAUCUCAUGGCCAUGACGUUUAGCAAUGUGUGGCUCUAUAAUUGUGUAUCUGAAAUUCAGUUAAUCACCAAACUAUAUGAACCCUUGUUAAAUUUAAUAUAACUCGCUUACGUUAUUGUUUAGAGAAGUGCUCAAAUUUUACUUUACUGGUGGUAGACAAUUCAGUCAUUUAGUGUGGAAUCUGAAAUACAACUCUUGAGUAGAACUCUUUAAAGUAAGGCAUACAUUAUGGUGGACAGAAAUGUGAUUUAUCACGGAGAGCCAUGGUAGUUAGAAAAUGAGCUCCCUUUUUUAUCCCCCAUCCUUUCUUUCUUUACUUUUUGUAUAUUUGCAGCUUCCAGGAUCCCAAGGAAAGAUUCCAAUCACAAAGGCUAGUUUGGCUUUCAGAAUCUUAAAACAUUUUUGAUACCAUGACUUUCAUCAGCACUAUAAGAGCAGUCUAGGCUCCAUUUUAAGCCUGCCUCAGUGAAAGAAAAUUUAACAGAAAAUGUUCUACCUAGUCUUAUAGUAUUUUUUUUAAAUCGCACUCUACUCUGCCACCCUUUCUUCUCAAUAGCAUAACAAAUUAAACUCUUCCCUCCCCAAAGACUCAGAAAAAGUUAUUAGCAGAAGAAACAAAUAAAGCAUUGAUACUUUUCUCCUGUGGGUUGCCUCCUUUUUGGAAUUCCACGACUCUAAUAUCUCUCUAGUCAAAAUUCCAGCUAUUCCAGAAAUCCCAGUAUCCAUCAAUCAUGAAUUCAAUCUUUCAAUCCUUGGGUGUCCUCUUCCUUUGUUUUAGCAGCAACAGAUCCAAAAAUCUAACUUGCAUAUUUACAUUAUAGAAAACAGGAAGAAGUAGGCUUUGUCUUUAUGCAUUAGGAUUAUCCGUGGAUCUUUUUAAAAAUGAAAAGGCCUGGUAGGAACAUUGGAAUUUUGAUUUAGUAAGAACACAAGCCUCAAAACCCAGUGUGAUCAUUGGAUGUUUCAGGUUCUGCAUCGAAAAAAAUGUGAGCACUGAUCCUGACCAUGUCUACGGUUCCUGUAACUCUGACCUUCCAAUGAUCAGCUUAUACAAAUUACUUCUAUAUUUUAUAGUAGUAUGCUACAUUUCUUUUAAAACUAUGAUCAAAUUUGGACUUAGAUCAAUAAUGAGUUAAUGAGGUUUUAUUUCAGCGUAUGCUUAUUGGAAUCAAGCCAAUGGGGACAAACUUCGAAGACAAGGGAACUAUUACGGUAUAGUACAAAAACUAAACUUCACCCUCAUCCAUUUAAGAAUCCUAGAACAAUUUAUAAAUUCUAAUUCUUACUUUACAGACAUUCUUCUCUUUCUAAUGCCUAUGUGUGUUUUCUUUGCUCUCUGUGUUUUCUUUGCGUCCUUCCACUUCUUCUCCCUUCCUUAUCUUUUCUAUAACAAUUAAGUUAAAACAGUUUUAUAUGAAAUGUGGUCUACCUUAACUUCUGAUUUACUUGUUGAUAAAUUACUUCCUUGGCCUUCUUUUCACUCUUUUGGAGUGAAAAAUCUCAGGUAGUUCCUUAGUGAAUAUUUCCUCUCAAAUGAAAAACAAACAAACAGCUGUUCACUGCGUAUAUAGCCCUUGGAAAUCUACACAAACAAGUCAGGAAAUUCAGGUCAUUGGAUAUACGUGAGUGUGGUCAGCUCUGUGGACCAGCAGUGAAAGUCCCAGAACACAAAAGGAAAUUGCUUACUGUAUCAGAAAAGCAUUCAAGUUUUAAAUGUAUUACGAAAUGUGAACGGUAAACAACACUUAUUUAAGGAACUAUUGUAGCAUUUUUUUAGAAAUGCAAUCUAUCAGCUUAAAAAAUGCAACAAGAAUAGCUUUCCCUAUCUUUACUUCUCUGUACUGGAACAUAUGAGAGGUAAAUAUCACAUAUAAAAGUUAGCUUUAUUUGGGUAUGUUGAUGAUUGAAAUUCAUAGCCACAACUCUGUGUCCUCAGGAGACCCACCACGUGGUGGGGAAAUGCUGCAGAUGCUGCUGAUAGUAGAGAGAUUGCCUCUUAACAUUCUAUUGGCUGACAAAUUCAGCCAGCAGUGAUUGCAACACCAAGUUGAGCUGCCUUUCAGUACGGUAAUGGAAUGGAGGCUUUGAAAAUUUUAUAGAAUGGCAACUUAUUUUCAUAGGUCUUUGGAAAUCAAAAAAUAAAUCCUAAAGUAAGUCAAAAUCAAUUGGAAUCUUUUCUCUCGAGGAUGUUGUGAACCCCUAUUUGUAAAUCCCUUUAAUAAUACAGGUCAAUUUCUUCACGGUAGUUCUUACUACUCCCCUAAUUCCUUGGAGACUUUUGUUGGUGGGUUACUGCCAUUUUCUCCAAUACUCCUCUUCCAUAAUUCUCAGUAAUUCAGUAUUUCCAUAAAUUCUACUAUCCUGGCAUCUCAGUUCCUUGAUUUUCUUGCCCCAAUGAUUGUGCUAUCCACUUUACAUAAGCCAUGUUGUCAUUAACAAUAGCUGCAAUUCUGCCAUAGUCUCAAGUUCAAACAUCCUACUGUCUCAUCACUGCAUCCUUCC